GAAAGCUUUAAGCGGGUCUAUUGGAAUACUACGUGGUAGUUGAAGCGUGUCCAUUCUCUGCUAUAUCAUUACAGGUGUGUCUCCGGCAAUAGUGUCCACUGGAUAGGUCCGGAUUUUAUCACAAAUUGGAAUUAAUUUUAAAAAUCAAGGUUGUCAUGACAACAUGCUGAGGCUGUUGAUCUGUACCAUAUGCGCCUACCUGGCAAGCGCCCAGAUACGAGAAUGUCCAUUAGGAUGGGUGCGAGACGAUAUCGGCCAGAGCUGCUAUAAGUUUGUAUUUGAACCUGAGACUUAUGAGACGGCCACCCGGUUAUGCGCGGACAUGGGAUCACACAUGAUCGCUGUGAACGAUGCAAAUGAAUUCACGUUCAUCAACAACUACCUACAAAUCAACGAUGGUAUCAGGAGCCAAUGGCUGACUAGUGGAGAACAGGACCUUACCAUAGCACAGCUGUUCCGAUGGAUGGGUGACUCCAGCGCUCUGAAUGACAACCUUAGACAGUUCAUGGCUUCUGGUGGUGCAGGAACCAUCCUUGUUUUUAGAUUUGCUGGUGUGGAGUUCAGACUGGGGCUUGCAAAGGUCAGCGACAAAUUGAACUACAUUUGUGAGAUCAGUUUGGAUCAGGCAUAUUUGGUCCUAAACCAGGAUCGUGAUUUCCGAUUCGGGACCUACGUUACAAGUGAGGUUGACAUGUUGUACGGCCCACAGUUUACAAAGAUGCCCGAAGAUGUGAUUAUGAUCCAGUCAUCCAAACAGGCAUAUGUGGAGUGUCGAGCCAUGGGAAAUCCCUCACCUACGUACCGCUGGUUUCGUGGUGAUGAUGAACGGAACAUUAACGAGGAGGUAUCUCCUAGCACUAGUCUCCGCUACACACUGACCAAUGGAAAGCUGACCAUUCAGAAACCCAAUGAAGAGGAAGAUGCUGGAUAUUACAGAUGUGAGGUGGAAAACAAGUUUGGAAAGAUCGUUAGUGACCCCAUACAACUAUCAUUUGGAUUCCUGGCAGAGUUCUCCAAUGUCCAGGAUGCCCCAGUACCAGCCACAGCCUACGACGGAGCAGUAGUGUCCUGUAGUGACAUCAAGUAUAAACCAGAUGUGGUGUACAACUGGAUGAGACAGAGUUACAGUGGCUCAGGGUUUGAGUACAUCUACACGGAAUUGAUGCCCUACAUGUUUUUAUCAGCCAAUGGGAAACUGUACUUCACAGAAGUCACUCGUGUAGACCAGGCCGAUUAUUACUGUCAGGUGACACUGGCGGGGCUAUCCUCCACAGUGGUAGGAUCAAGUCAGCCGCCAAGCAAGACAAGUCUACCUAUCUUCCUUAGUGUGUCUGACUCAGCUGCCAGAGCCGAUUGGGGUCCAGACAUUCACAAUGAUUUCAUUGCUGUCUUUCCGAAACCUCCCAUGAGAGGGGAGGAUCUUCGACUCGAGUGUUUUGCCUAUGGAUCAGCUAAGAACUACGAGAGUUCCUGGUCCUAUUCGUGGAGCCGUGCUGGCAAACCUCUCCCCGCCCGUACCAAGUUCACUGACCUGAACCGUGUACUGACCAUCAAAGACAUCCAGCGAGAGGAUGAGGGGACUUACACAUGCUUGGUCAGUCGUGGAAAUGCGGCCAGUGACUCUGAGUCAGUCACUGUCACUCUAGAAGCCCGGCCCUAUUUUCUCGUACCGCUGCGUCCACAGCAUAUUGACGAAGGUGCCCAUUUGACUUGGCGCUGUCAGGCCGGAGGUCGACCAAUUCCGUACUACACCUGGUACCGCAAUGGAGUCGAGAUUACAUCAUCAACGCCUGACAUGACCGUCAACAAGAACAUUCUUACCAUCACAAAUGCAAAUUCUGACGCCCACAACGGAAUGUACCAGUGUUCUGCUACUAAUAUCCAUGGCACCUCCUUCAGUGGGGCACAGCUCAGAGUUUAUUCUUUCACACCGACUUUUUCAAAAUCCCCCAUGAAGGAAAGCCAGGAUGCUGCUAUACGAGGCAACAUGACUUUAUCUUGUAACCCCGAGGGCGCACCUAAGGCAGACAUUGAGUGGCUUAAAAACGGCAACAUGCCGCUCUCCACGGGAGGAAACAUUGAGAUCCUCAUAAACGGAGAUUUGCAUAUCAGCAACAUCAACACCAACGAUGGUGGAUUCUACACAUGUAAGGCAAUCAAUAUACAUGGAGAAGCUGUGGAUUCAACUCGUGUCAACAUCAGAACGGGAACCACAAUGAACAGGAUAUUGGCACCCAAGAUGGAUGUCAACCUCAACGACACUGCCUUCCUUCGUUGUGAAGCUUCGUAUGAUCCUGUUCUGGAUCUGAUGUAUGCUUGGAAAUUCAACGGAAGAGAGCUGGAUAUCGCAAAUGAUGUACAUUAUACGUUGGGUACCCAUUCCAACUCCAAGGGAUUAUAUAUAAAGAAUGUGCAGUUUAAACACGAGGGCCAGUACGAAUGUGUUGCCAGGACCCCACUCAACGAAGCCGUCAGUAUAGGAGAACUCAAUGUUCUUGGACCACCAGGAGAAUGUGGGGGCGUGUUUGCUGAUCCUCACACUGUCACCACAUCUACAAUCAUGCUAUACUGGUUUCCUGGAGACGAUAAUGGCCGUCCAAUCGACUACUACAUCAUACAGGCUGAAGCUGUGAUCCAACCAGAUGUCUGGGUCACCGUUCGCGCAGGAGUGUCAGAUAUUGAGACUGUUAUUGAGGGGAACUCACGUGAUAUGAGGAAUAUCUUGGUCUCUGGUCUGGACCCCGGCAAUGGCUACCGUUUCAGGGUGCAAGCUGCCAACGCGUAUGGCAUUGGAAUCUACAGCAAACCUUCUCAGGUUUACCAGACCAAACCUGCUCCCCCGUCUAGAGCCCCUUCAAGUGUCAAUGGAGGAGGUGGUAGUGUGGGUGAUCUCACCAUGACCUGGAGGAUACUCGCCCGUGUUUACCGUGGAGGUCCGAAUGUGAGAUAUAUCGUGUAUUGGCGAGCAUAUUCCAAUGACCCAAAUCGCCAGUGGAGUAUGAAAGAAAUUUCCAAUGUGAAUACAACAAGGUAUACCCAUCAAGUUGGUGACACAAACUUUUACAUGAAGUAUGAGGUCAAAGUUCAGGCAUUCAAUGACUAUGGGAAGGGACCUAACUCUACCGAGGUCAUAAUCUAUUCUGCAGAAGGAUUACCUGCUGCUGCUCCAGAGAAGGUCAAUGCUGAAGGCUUCAACUCCACAGCCAUGGAAGUUUACUGGACACAGGUCGCCAAUACCAGAAUAGCCAUGAAAGGCCUUGUUAGAGGUUACCAGAUCAACUACUGGGCAAAUAACAAUGAGGAUCCACCCCUGAAACAGUUUAUACGUUACCAGGGACAACGAGAUACGGGCCUUGUGAUUGGUCUAGCGGCAGACAGCUAUUUCUGGUUUGACGUACAAGUAUACAACACUGCUGGGCUGGGCCCCCUCAGUGAGAAAUACACACAGGAGACGAAAAAUCCAGCGCCAUUCCUGUACCCCCAGGAGACUCAUGUCCAUUCACAGGGGGCCGAGGCUGUCAAGAUCACCUGGAGAGGUAUCAGUACCUCAGUAUCUGAGGACACCCUCCGAGGAUAUAUGGUAUACUAUUGGCAAGCCAAUGAGAAUUUCCGAACCGCUACAGAGGUCAGAGUUGACAGGAAACCUACAGAAUACAUUCUCCAGGGGCUUAAGAAAAACAUUGUGUACGCUGUGAGAAUUGCUGGGUACAGCGGAGGGGGUGCUGGUAAAAAAUCACCCACAGUCUUCUUCACUUUAGGUGGUAUGGUGUAUGUCGACCCAACACUAACAGAGAUUCGUGCCUCGGCAGCCAUCAACUCCUCGUCGUUUGUCUACAUUUUAUGUAUCGCCAUAGUGACAUUAUUGUUACAGAAAUAAGUGCUGAAAUAAGAAAUUUACAUUUGUGAUGAAACCCUUGUGAUUCUAUAGAAAUUCCAGCUGUAAACAUGGCAACAUCAUGUAUGUACAUCUGACAUUCCUGUCAUCACUAGAACAUAAUUCCAAUGUCAUGUGGAUAUAAAACAUACAGCAAAUACCAUAUGUACAUAUGCCCACUUGAGUCACACGUACAUACGUCCACUUGAGUCACACGUACAUAUACAUAUGCCCACUCGAGUCACACAUACAUACAUCCACUUGAGUCACACGUACAUAUGUCCACUUGAGUCACACGUACAUAUGUCCACUUGAGUCACAUGUACAUAUGUCCACUUGAGUCACACGUACAUACGUCCACUUGAGUCACAUGUACAUAUGUCCACUUGAGUCACACGUAC